CCACGUUGCAGAUAUUGCCACUUGCCACAAUUACGCGUAUACAAACCUUUAAAACUUUGUCUAUUUCAGCAGCAAAAUAGCCAACUUGAUAAAACAUAUUGAAAUCACAGGGAACACCUCUCAUGUUUUCUCCUGGAAUAUAAGAUAACAAACGAACAACGCAAUCAAGAAGAGAAUUCUCCGAUACUUCGUUCUUUGCUUUCUGUGUGUGACGGUCUCGGGUAGCACUCAGCUUUCUCAUUUCAUAAAGCUUGCCAUUUGAUGUUUGUUGCGGAAUAGAGCAUGGUAUGCCACGAUUAUUCACACUGAUCAUAACAUCAUUUAAUUCAUCAAUUAUCCCUCGCUCUUCUCCAAAAUCAGCAAACUUACAAACUUUAAGCGUAAACUCUCGCUCUCUAUCAUAUGGCAAGGACCCUCGCAAAUAAAAACACCUAGCUUCGGGAGAGUUUAAUUCUCUUACGAUUGUAGAUGAAGAUUCAUUGAUAUUGAUAUUAAAGAUUUCCUUAGCCAGGUUCACCGCCAUGCGGUUGUUCACAAAUGGUCUAAUCACUCGCAUCAUUUUGGAAACACUUUUAUAAUAUGUUUAGCAGAUUUGGAAGCGAUAUCUGUUCGACAAAUAACGUGUGUGCCGCAUGCCUGCGUAGCAUGAUUCCAAGCUGACUAUUGAGGUCAGAUGUGACAGGGGGGAGCGGGGGAAGUGACACCGGAAGUGACACCUUCUGUUCAGUGUUUAACAAUCUCUUUCUGAUUUUAUUCAAAUUUAUUGUGUCUUCCAUUCAUUACAAUGAUACAAAUCGACAGUCCGGGAGGAUAUGAUAAACUUGAAUAUAAACCACUAUCUGUUGGUAAGUAUACCCUGGGAGCAAAUGUAAAACAUAGCAAUAUUCCUGAGGAAGAUCUUGUGACAGUACAAACGUGUGCUGCUGGUGUGAAUUAUGCUGAUGUCUGCAUACGUUGGGGAAUUUAUGAAUCAGCUAAGGAAUAUGUUGGCUGGCCAAUUACACCAGGGUUUGAGUUCAGUGGGAAAAUCAUUGCAAAAGGCUCCAAUGUUUCUGAAUUUGAGUGUGGUGAAAAUGUGUUUGGCCUAACCAUGUUUGGUGGUUAUUCUGAGGUUGUCAAAGUACCAAAGAAUCAAGUCUUUCCUCUGCCUAAAAACCUGGAUCUCAAGCAAGCUGCUGGUUUUCCAACAGUCGCAAUAACAGCAUGGUAUGCCAUGUUUGAACUUGCCCGACCUCGGCCUGGAUCAUGGAUAUUAGUCCAUUCUGCUGCUGGUGGGGUUGGUAGCAUGUUGGUUCAAAUGGCAAAAAUAGCAAAGUGCAAUGUCGUUGGAGUUGUUGGAGCAUCGCAUAAGGUCAAGGUGGUCAAGGAAACCCUAGGUAUUUGAAUCCUGUUUUUACUAAUUUUUAUGUACCAUAAAAUGGUUUAUGGUACAUACAGUAGUGCAACUGGUGCAAGUUUAUGGUACAAGGUCUGCUCAGACUGACUUUAGGCUCCCUUUAGUUAAAACCGACAUUAGUGAAGCUAAGAUAUCCCAUAGUGGUGACCGCUAUAGGGCUAAAAACUCUUGAAAAUUAUACAGUUUCAUAUUUUACAAUAAAACUUAAAUAUUUAAAUCUAUUUGAUUAUUCAUAAAUAAGUUUGUAGACAUUCUCUGGUUUUAAAUAUUUAUUUAGUACGAGCCAUGCCAUUUGCGACCAACCUUGACAAUUUUAGCACUUACUGUAUGGUCUGUACCGGUAUCUUCAUGUUUCUUGUAUAUAUCAGGUUUGGCAAUGGAAGCAAUGUUGUUUACUGGUCCAGUACAUGAACUGGUCCAGUACAUGUUUGUGGAAAAAUACUGAAAGGUUGAAAGGCAAGCGUGGUGACCACAACACCACAAGUUCUAGCUGGUUUUUAGACUGCUCCAGGAAAGGGUGGGGCAUGUGGCAUAUAUCACUUUUUGCAUCUGUUACUGGUGUUUAUGAUGCGUUGUGUACUAAUGGUAUAUUAUGUGUAGUACAUAUAUAUUCAGUAUCCCAAAUCCAUCUAAUUUUAAGAGCUGCCUUAUAAAUACUAAGUAAUUUGCUUUGUUCUGCAUAGGAUGUGACUAUGUUAUUGAUAAGUCUAAUGAAGAUUUAUGGAGUAGUGCAGAAAAGUUUUCUCCCAAUGGAUAUCAUGCUAUCUUUGAUGCAAAUGGUGUUGCCACUUUGAACGAUAGUUAUGUUCACAUGGCACCAAUGGGAAGACUAAUUGUAUACGGUUGGUAAUUCUAUUUGAAGAAAGUUCUUUUGUAUAUCAUUUUGAAUAAUAUAUGAAUAAGUCUGCAAUAUAUCAAAGUGCACAUCCACAAAUUCAUGAUAUGUUUGCUGGAGGCUCAUGUGAAUUCGAAUGACAUUGAAGCCAGUCAUUUGUUGCAAGAUGUGGUUGAAUUUAUCCACACUUACAUUGCAGGAACAUAAUUAUCUGUAUAGUCCUUCCAUCUCACAUCAAGCUUAUAUAAAUGAUAAUGUAAAUUAUAUUUUAAAAGAACUGUAAUCACGCUAAAUUAUCCAGGUGUUAGCUACAGUCAAACGUGUGGCGUUAUACGCCGUUUUCCAAAUUGGCAUAGAUAAGAAAUGUCUUAGUUAAUGUUGUGGGCUAACUGAAUUUUCCAAUUUUAUUAAAUUGCUGGGGGGUGAUAACCCCCUGUUAUCAUACCCCACACAAAAUGCUAAUGCCUGGAUGAAUAUCAGGAUUUUUGGGCAUCUCACUCUAUAUAUAUUAUUAAUUAAUUUUUGAAGGGAGUUGUAGCAAAUGUGACUAUUGGCCCUCUGGGUUAUUGAAAAAGUGCUUCAUGCAUCGUUUUUUAUAAUAAUAAAAAAAACAUUGUGAAGAUCGUUAUUCACCACAAUAAUUAUUACAUUUUCGACUCAGAGAAAAUUGAUUAACACCACUUGCCCCUAACUACAGAUGCUUUGUAGACUAGAGCUGUGUGCAGGAGCCAGAGUACCAGAGCUCCGGCAUAUUUUGCCAGAGCUGGAGUUGGAAAACUCCGGCAAAAACUCCGGCAGACAAAAUUAUGAAAAAUUAUUUCAUAUUUCAAUGAGCUUUUGGUAAUGGAAAAAUUAAUUUGAAUGAUUUGAUGUUACUAUAAAGUUUAAUUACUUGCUCCGAUCCGAUUUGUGGCUUCGAAAAUUCUGCAAGCGCAUUGCUAUCACUUUUGAUAUAAAAAUCCACUGACCCUGAUGUAUUUUGGGCGAAAAUACCAUGCUGCCAUGCGGUUUUACUUUCUACAAAACAUUGUUUAAACAAGCACCAAAGCACAUAUAUUUGAUAAGUAGAGGAGAAAGCUCAAAAAGGAAUAAAAUAAAUUCUGAAAUUACACUGAAAUACUUCGCCUGCUUCUACUUUUAAAUAUGAAAUUUCCUUAAAAUUUCCUUGCCGGACCCGGACCCGGAGUUUUGACUGCCAGACCCGGAGCCGGAGCUAAAAUAACCGGAGUUUGCACAGCUCUAUAAUGUAGACUGCAAGCAAUCCCUAGAUGCUUUGCAACGUUUGUGAAUAAGACAUGACUUUAUAGUUUCAACAUGAGUCAAUUUUAUUUCAGGUUUCCACACCAUGCUUCCUAGAUCAAAUGAAACAGGUUCUGGAGCUAUACAAUGGUGGCAGUGGUUAAAGAUUGCUUGGAAUUAUUUCUGGACUCCUCGUUUUAAUCCACUAAAGGUACUAAUUGUACUGUUAGUUGUGCUAGGAUCAGUGAGAUCCAUAUAUAUCUGGGGCGAGAACUCAAGCUAAUGAUGGCGGAAAUUGAAGAGGUAUUCAUUGAAAUAUAACAUGUGUGUCUCGACCUCCAGACAUGUGUGUCUGGGGGUCAGAUUUGACUUCAACAAAAAGAUGUAGGCAGUUUUUCUGAAGGUAGCAUUCCCGUUAUGUUCAUUUCGAUGAUUGUACAUCAAUUUACGCCAUGUUGGCUUCACUUAUUUCAUAGGCCGAAUGACUAAAGUUCUUGCUCCAGAUAUAUAUAUAUAUAUAUAUCACUGGCUAGGAUUUGGCACAAUGUUACUGCUGUUGGUUGCAUUGCAAUUGAUUGUUGAGGCUUUUGUUUUUGCUAUUACCAAAACCUGGUAUGUGACAUAUGUUUAGGCGGCAUUGCCAAACAAUGUUACGUUUCUAACAUAAUGAUUUUCUUUUCUCAAAUAACAAUAUUAUUGGCAAAAACACACAUCUAAAUGUUGGCCAUCUCGACAGAACACAUCUAAAUUAUUAUAACAGCACCCAAAUUGCAACUAUAGCUCUAGGCUCUAUAGACAGGAAUUGACAAAUUAAAAUGUAUACACAGGGCCGCCGAGAGGGGGGGGGGGCAGGGGGGGAAAUUGCCCCAGGCCCACAGGUUCUGGGGAUCCCUAGAAAUUUUUUGUUGGGCCUCAGUCAUUUUUUUGGAAGAAAUAUUUCUGCGCAAAGGGCAAGAUAUUUGUUUUUUUGUUGCCUGGAAAAAUUUUUUUGCGGAAAAUUUUGUGAAAUAGGGGCCCCUAAAAAAAAUUUGCCCGGGCCCCCGCCAAACUCUCGGCGGCCCUGUGUAUACACCUCCCCUUUUUGCGUCUUUGUUGAGCCUUAAUCAUUUUUUGUUUUAGGUUCUUGCGUAUACUGCAUAUGUAUAUAUAGUUCUCACAUUUUACAAAUCGAAAAUAUGUCUCAGAGUUGAUCUAGGAUACGUCUUUCCUGAAACAUAUAGGGUGACGUGAUCAGCUAACGCACAUGUUUCAGUUGCCGCCCAAUUCACAUUCGAGAUUUUAAAGAUCUACGACGCAGCCGGCUCAAUGACGCGGACGGGUCUGAAUUUCAGCUCGAGAAUGAGCGCUAUAAGCAAUUUGAGUACUGUAAUAAAAGUUUGAAGCUUUUUCAAAUAACCUUACAAUCAAUGUUUACUGUAAUUUCGACUUUAAGUAAUACCUCUUGGGUCGCAAUAAGCUUUCACGUUGCUUAAAAUGAAAAAGCCGUUGAGAAUACCCUUGUUUUUGUCUUACAUGUCAAAUUUCUUUGUUUUGAAAGCGCGUCGUUCAGUCUGCCGCGUCGUAGAUCUUAAGCUCUCUACUACCAUGUAUAUACAGUAGCUCACAUGUUUAAUUACCAGGCACCGCUCGUUAUUUAUAAUGUAAGCAUAAAUUUGAAACAAAGCAUUUAAAUUCAAGUUGGCAAACUACAAUGGGCAUAAGAUGCCUUAUAGGUGGUUAGGUGUGUUUACCAACACCAUUACUCUUUCUUUUCAUUUUAGAUGACCUCCUCCAAUAAAAGUAUAAUGGCUUUCAACUUGAGCUUUCUUUUCGGUCAAGCAGAUAUAUUAGCCGAAGCCAUGCAACAGUUACUGUCUUGGGUAGAAGAUGGUUCUCUAACUGUUUGUAAAGUACAGGAAUAUCCUCUAAAAGAUGCAGGUAAAGCUCACAGUGACUUGGAGUCAGGUAAAACCGUUGGAAAACUUGUUCUAACGUCUGAACAAUUUGAACUACAGCAUCAUUCAGAGAAUUGAUUUGAAAACUACUAUAUAAAAACGACUUUGCCUUUGGCUUUAAAAUUGAGAAAGUAAUUACGAAAUAUAGAACAAGUAUAGAUAUUAUGUACUAUAUAUUUAAAACAUGCGUAGGAGUGUUUUAUCGUAUUUAAAAUGCGAGUGCGCAGCACGAGCAUUUUAGAUAUGAUAAAACACAACUACAAGUGUUUUGAAUAGCUUCAAAUUAGUAUUCUUUAUAUAAAGAACACUAAUUAGGAUGGAUUUUUAUAUAGAAUACUAAUGAAGAUGAGUUUUAUCAGGUAUAAAGCCUCUUCGCGUGACAUAUUAUGGUUGUCAUGAUUUGCCAAUAAGCUUAUGAAUUAGUAUUAAUGAGUGUUUAAAAUGUGUUAUAUAAAACAUAUAUUAAUAAAUAUAUUAUACCAGCAAAUUGAUAUAAUUUAUGUGAUUAAUAGCCACCCCCUUUUGAAGCUGUUGAACAUCCAAAACAUACAUGUCAAUUACGAAAAGCAUACCUGCUGUUAUGAUUAUUGCAUAUUCAUGGCGUGGCAUUAUCCACAUGGGGCCCAGUCAUCAUUUAUGGCGGCGGGUGGCACCGAAGAGAAAAGGGUUGGGUAAACGAAAUUUUGAGUAAGUAAAAGGUUGGGUAAAUGAAAAACAAAACAACUCAAAGGUUGGGUAAUAAAAAAAUUAUUGUCAUUUCCAAAGCAUGACUCAUUGAAAUAUUGGAGACUGAAAAGGAAUGUCAACAGUCAUAUGUCAAUACAAUAUGUAAAUCGAUUAGAGUCGCUAUCUUGAUCAUUUUCAAUUUGUUGGGAGACAAAUGGUGUCUCCAAAGAAAGUACAUGUGCAGACAACAUGAAAAUUUAGACUGCAGAAAAGCCACAAAAUCCACAAGCCGUUAUCAAACUCGUGUCACACUUACAUGUGUGACAACUGAAUGGUAUAUCCUUUUGUAAAGUUUUUGGCUAGGAGUGGGUAUUUAUUUUUUAAUUGAUAUUUGAGGUUGGGUAAUCAAAUUUUUUACUUUAAUGGUUGGGUCAGCAACAUUUUUACCACGAAAAACAUUUCUCUUCGGUGCCACCCGCCAUAAAUAAUGACCGUUCCUUAAAGGCAAUGCUUUGCAUGCAUGGAUC